AAAAAAGAGGAAAACAAAAUUAAAAAAAAAGAGGGAAUUUGUUUUUACACGAAAUUACAAACACUCAUUUCUCAAUCUCAAAUUUCGAAAAGAAACCACCGCUAUUGCAUAUAUCAAACCCAUCAAAGAAAAAUAUCAGACUAUUUGGUGUUUGUUGUAUAUCAAUUUCUAAAGAAACCCAUAACCCAAAAAGUUUUAAUCACUUUGAAUCAAGAAAAAAUUUCUUAUCUUUGUUGAAUUUCUUUCGUGAAUUUUAUUUCUUACACAAUGUCAGGUUCCGGUGGAGUUUCGAUCGUUCGUAGCCGCGGUGAGAAUCGGUUUUAUGUGUCGCCGGGUAUGAGGCAAAAGCAGCAGCAGCAGAGGCUACUGAUUUCGAAGAAUUAUACGCCGGAGAUGGAUAAAAGAGGAGACUCCGAUCAAUGCGGGUCUUCGUUAUCAUCUUCUUCUUUAGUGGUUUCAAAUUGUUCUGUUUCUGGUUGGGUAGGGAUUGAGAGUAAUUAUUCUUCAACUAAUUUAGAUCGGUUCUUAGAGUUUGCUACUCUUGUUGUCCCUGCUCAACAUUUCCCUAAAGGUUACCAUCCCCGCUGCUCCUCUGAUGCUGCUGCCGCUACAUUCUUCCGCCGCCUCUAAUAGCUAUUGUCAUCGCUUGUUGUCUUUCAUUCAAGGUGACUGGAGUCGGAUCAGACAGACCAUUCUCUUUGUGCCAGAAGUCGAUUGGCUUGCACAAUGUAGAAAUUCAUUAGAGCUGCAGUAAUCCGUAGGUGUCAGUAUAUGAUUUGUGAGUUGAUUUCAAAUAGUCUUUUUUAAAUGUAAACUCGGAUAUAAUAUUUUAAUAUUUAAAAUUGUACUAUCUAAAAGAGUUUUUUGAAAAUAUUUUA